CACAACACCAUCAUCCACUCACCACUCUCGCCAUAAUUAAUUACGUCUAAACUUCUACGUCCACUUCACUGAAGGACCAUUGGCGCUCAAACUCACAUUUUCCUCACAAUGUCUGCUAUCCAGUUGACACCCUCUAAGAGUGCUGCUUCGGCAAUUGACACACUCAAGAUGUCCGACUCGCCUGUAAAGAAGCUCAACUUCGAGUCUUCGGCAGACAAGGAGAACGUGUACAAGCCCAUUGUCGGCAUACCAGAUCUCGUCGAAGACGAUGCGCCCAAGAAAGCUUCGACCGCACCCACAAUAAAGGAGGAGGAGGCACACGAGCCCCUCCUACAAGAAAACCCCCACCGCUUUGUCCUGUUCCCCAUUAAGUACCAUGAUGUCUGGCAAAUGUACAAGAAGGCCGAAGCUUCCUUCUGGACCGCCGAGGAGAUCGAUCUGUCCAAGGAUCUGCACGACUGGAACAAGCGCCUCAAUGACGACGAGCGCUUCUUCAUCUCACACGUCCUUGCCUUCUUCGCUGCAUCGGACGGUAUCGUCAACGAGAACUUGGUCGAGCGAUUCAGCGGAGAGGUUCAGAUCCCCGAGGCGCGAUGCUUCUACGGCUUCCAGAUCAUGAUGGAGAACAUCCACUCCGAGACAUACUCCCUCUUGAUCGACACAUACAUCAGCGAGCCUAAGCAGCGCACAUACCUGUUCAACGCCAUUGACAACAUUCCCUGCAUCAAGAAGAAGGCCGACUGGGCUCUGCGAUGGAUCUCUGACAAGAACUCCACCUUCGCGACGCGUCUCAUCGCAUUCGCCGCCGUCGAGGGUAUCUUCUUCAGCGGCUCCUUUGCGUCCAUCUUCUGGCUCAAGAAGCGUGGCCUCAUGCCUGGUCUUACCUUCUCCAACGAGCUCAUCUCUCGUGACGAGGGCAUGCACACUGACUUCGCCUGCCUCCUCUUCUCCCUCCUCAAGACCCGCCCUGACAAGAAGCUCGUCGAAGAUAUCAUCACCCAGGCCGUUGUCAUCGAGAAGGAGUUCCUCACUGACGCGCUGCCCUGCGCCCUGCUCGGCAUGAACUCCACUCUUAUGUGCCAGUACAUCGAGUUCGUCGCCGACCGCCUGCUCCUGGCUCUCGGCAACACCAAGGUCUACAACGCGACCAACCCCUUCGACUUCAUGGAGAACAUCUCGCUUGCCGGCAAGACCAACUUCUUCGAGAAGCGCGUCGGCGAUUACCAGAAGGCGGGCGUCAUGGCCAGCACCAAGAAGAACGAGGAGUCGACACAAACAGAGGAGAGCAAGAACGUGUCUGGCGACUUCGCCUUUGACGAGGACUUCUAGACGCGUUCUUUUCUUGCUUCCCUCUUAUUCCUAUUACCAUUUUCUAGAUGCAUACUUCUGAAGACUGGGGGCACGGGUGCUGGGUUACCCUCUUCCUUUUGCAUAUCUUCUCUCCGUCCUCUGCAUUGUCGGAGUCAGACAUGGCAUAGCGGGCUGCUUUUGAUACCUGGGGUUUUUCGUGCGCUUGAUUACGUGGCGUUUCCAUGGUGGGUGUUUUGCUUUGGGAUGAAGCACGCGAGGACGCGAAUGAUUGUUAUGGCUGGUGUGGGGUGGGCUGGAUAGGAUACGCAACUCGCGAUUUCGAUAAUGAAGAAUCUGAACUUCC